AUGGCUCUGUGCUCCUUAGCGAGCUGUGCCUCGUGUCUGUGUGGAUCUGCCCCGUGCCUCCUCUGCGGCUGCUGUCCCUCCUCCAACAACUCCACCAUCACGCGCCUCGUCUACUCCCUCUUUCUGCUGCUGGGAACCAUGGUGUCCGUGAUCAUGAUCCUGCCUGGGAUGGAGACACACCUGCGCAAAAUCCCAGGCUUCUGCCAGGGCGGGGCCAGUAUCCCGAUCCCCGGUCUGGAGAAUCAGGUGGACUGUGACGUGAUCGUUGGCUACAAGUCUGUUUACCGCAUGUGUUUCUCCAUGACCUGCUUCUUCUUCCUGUUCUGUGCCAUCAUGAUCCGUGUGCGCAGCAGCAAAGACCCUCGAGCAGCUCUUCAGAACGGGUUUUGGUUCUUCAAAUUCCUCAUUCUUAUCGGGAUUACAGUGGGAGCCUUUUUCAUCCCCGAUGGAACUUUUAACACAGUUUGGUUUUACUUUGGUGCUGCGGGCUCCUUUAUAUUCAUCCUGAUCCAACUCAUUCUGCUCAUUGACUUUGCUCAUUCCUGGAACAAGAUCUGGGUUGACAAUGCAGAGGACGGAAAUAACAAGGGGUGGUACGCAGCGCUGCUGUUCUUCACUGUCCUGAACUAUGCCCUGGCCAUCACGGCAGUGGUGUUGUUCUAUGUUUACUACACCCAACCCCACGACUGCACCGAGCACAAAGUCUUCAUCAGCCUCAACCUCAUCUUCUGCAUCAUCAUCUCUGUGGUGUCCAUCCUGCCCAAGGUCCAGGAGGCACAGCCACACUCUGGUUUGCUGCAGGCAUCCAUCAUCUCUCUGUACACCAUGUAUGUCACCUGGUCUGCCAUGACCAACAACCCCAAUCGCCAGUGUAACCCGAGUCUCCUGAGCCUCAUGUCCAACAGCAGCUCCACCGUAGCACCUGGAGACUCUCCUGAUGACUCCUCUGAGCAUGUGCAGUGGUGGGACGCUCAGGGCAUCGUGGGCCUGAUCAUUUUCAUCUUCUGUACUCUCUAUGCCAGCAUCCGCUCGUCCAGUAACAAGCAGGUGAACCGCCUCAUGCAGACGGAGGAGACUGAGGCGGGUGAGGGCGUGGUGGGGAAGGACGGGGUGCUCCGGGCUGUGGACAAUGAGGAGGAUGGGGUCACCUACAGCUACAGCUUCUUCCACUUCCACCUGAGCCUCGCCGCGCUUUACAUCAUGAUGACGCUCACCAACUGGUUCCAACCGGACACCAGCACCCAGGCCAUGAAGGACAGCAUGCCCGCCGUCUGGGUGAAGAUCAGCUGCAGCUGGCUUGGUCUGGGCCUGUACCUGUGGACCCUGGUGGCGCCGGUUGUGCUGCCCGACAGAGACUUCAGCUGA